UCUUCUUGAACAAGAUCGGGCCGGGCAAGAUGUGCGCGUUCAUGCGUGAACAGCCCCUUGACACUCAGCAAGGCGUCUGCGAGGGUGACAGCGGCGGCCCGAUGGUUUACAAGAAUCGCGUGGUGGGCAUCGUCAGUUACAGCAAACGGGGCUGCAACGACAGCUACAAACCGGCGGUCUAUACGAGGGUCUCGGCCUGGUACCACUUCAUCGAGAACGCCAUGUGGGACAACGUCGGCAACGCGGGCGUAAGGCGAUUGAAGAUCAAGCCCUUGGAAUUCGAUUAUAAAUUCAUGAAGAAAAUGAUGCGGUCAAGAAGAAAACAGAAACCGAACAGUAUUUAA